AUGUCUACGAAAAACUGUCCUCCUUUUAUGGAAUUCGUUUAUGACUUAUUCAGUUUACGCAACAAGUUGUCCAAAGAACUUUUUGCUCUUGAGCAUAACCUUUACAAAACUGAACGACGACAUUUAUCUGAUGUACAGGAAGAUCGUGACGCUCAGGGGAAUCGUACUCCCGAGCAGAACAGCUGCUGUCGCACUCCAUUGCAUGUCGACUAUACGUUCUCGCAUUCAUCCGUUACCAUGAAAACCGCUUUGGACCUGCGCUUGAGAAAGUUUACAGUAAGAAUGCGACGGGAAGAACGAGAGAGCAGGCUGCAAGCUGAUGCUUCACCUGCUGAUGGGGAUGACUCGGACUGUAGCGACACUGAUCCGGAGAUGGAAGGACUUGCUGCCUUCGAGGCUGCUGCAAAGCGUGAUGCUGAACUCAGAGAACGCUUCAAGAAGGAACACGAAAGUCACAGUUCCAAAAACUCAGGCGAGAACCACUAAUAUUGA